UGCGUGUGUUUUAAAAGAAUAAACCUAAUUUAUCUUAUGGAUUUAAAAGUGAAAUGAAAACUCGUGCAGCUGUUCUGUGGGCGCUGGAGGCUGCGUGACCCCCUCCCUCUCCCCUCUUUGCGCAUGCGCAGCCCCAGCACUUCCUGCUCUGUGUUUGCAGACGGAGCGAUGGCAGCAGGGAGAGUUUCUCUGGCGUGUGGAGUCGCUGCGGCCCUGCUCUGCUCGGCGGUGCUGGCGUUCGUGGAGGAUCUGGAUGAUACAUUUAAAGAGACUAGAGUGGACGACAUCUGGCUGGUCACUUUCUAUGCCCCGUGGUGUGGUUACUGUAAGAAACUAGAGCCAGUAUGGAACGACGUGGGAAUGGAGCUGAAAAGCUCUGGGUCGCCGGUGCACGUGGGAAAGAUGGAUGCCACUGCGUACUCUGGGAUGGCGUCAGAGUUUGGAGUCCGUGGUUACCCCACGAUAAAACUGUUAAAGGGAGAUCUCGCCUACAACUACAAGGGACCAAGGACAAAAGAUGACAUUGUGGAGUUUGCGAACAGGGUGUCUGGGCCGGCCGUCCGACCACUUCCCAGCAAGCAGAUGUUUGAGCACAUGAUGAAACGCCAUGAUGUGCUCUUCCUGUACGUCGGCGGGGAGUCCCCCCUCAAAGAGAAGUACAACGAUGUCGCCUCUGAGCUCAUUGUCUACACUUAUUUCUUCUCCGCCUCAGAGGAAGUCCUGCCGGAGUCGGUAAAAUUGCCAGAACUUCCUACUGUUGUGGUCUUUAAGGACGGAGCCCACUUCACCUAUGAUGAGUACGAGGACGGUAGUUUGUCAUCGUGGGUGAACAAGGAGCGCUUCCAAGGGUACCUGCAGAUCGAUGGCUUCACGCUCUAUGAGCUUGGAGAAACAGGCAAAUUGGUGGCGAUCGCGGUCAUCGAUGAGAAGGACCCCACAGAGGAGAGUGGCAGAUUAAAGAGCUUGAUUCAGAGGGUGGCGAAGGAGUACAGAGAGCAUUUUAACAGAGACUUCCAGUUUGGCCACAUGGACGGGAAUGACUACAUUAACAGCCUCAUUAUGGGCGAGGUGACGGUGCCCUCCGUUAUAAUCCUCAACACAUCCAACGAGCAGUACUUCCUGCCCAGUGAGCCGAUUGAGACCAUGGAGCAGCUGGUCCAGUUCAUCAGCAGCGUUCUGAACGGCUCUGCACAGGCAAAUGGAGGUGACGGCUUCAUUCAGAGGAUCAAGCGUGUGGCCUUCGAUGCCAGAUCCACUAUUAUGUCGGUGUUUCGCAGCUCUCCGCUGCUCGGCUGCUUCCUCUUCGGCCUUCCUCUGGGCGUAAUCAGCCUGAUGUGCUACGGCAUCUGCACAGCGGAGUCGGACGAUGGUACGGAUGACAUAGAUGCUCUCAAGAGGGAGGGCCUGACUGAUGAAGAAGAGGAAGACGAGGAGGAGGAGGACGAGGAAAGGCAACGCGCCGCUGAACUGGAAGGUCCAGAAGAAGAAGAGAACGAGGAAGAAGAGGAGGAGGAGGAGGAUUUGGGAGAGAAGGAUCCUGAAGAGAAGAAAACCGAUUAACACAGGGGCUCCUGCCGGAUAGAGGAUGAUGGGCCUGGUCAAAUGCAGUGAAAUGAAACUCAGAGACAUAUCUAUGUGUUACUGCUCUGCUUCUUUGUGUUUCAUCUCACUUCCCAUCAAAGCCCCUCUAGCACGGACUGCUCUGUGAAUUCUGCGUGUCGGUGUGUGUGAGGUCGGCCGCUCAGCGAAGCCUUCGAAACUCACGGCAAUUUUUAAGAUCGGAGCCUAAACGCCGAAUUAUAUCUUUAUCUCUACGGAACCUUUUCAAAAACAAAAGUUACAGAGUGCUUCACUGGAGCACUGGAAUACUGAAGGAUAAAUAAAGCAUAGAAGCAUUAAAGUGGACAGGUUAAAGAGCUAAAGGCAGAAAAUAGAUUGGGAUCAUAAAGAUGCUUGUGUGUUUCUUGAAGGGCCCGAGUUCCUCCGGCACCUUGACGGCAAACGCUCAGUCACCACUUGUCACGAUAAUGUCAAGAGACGAUUGGGACGGCUGUGAUUUAAACGCACCACUUAAUCAGUGGCGUGCCCCAUGUGACACGUGACCCUCUCCCCGCCAUCGUUUUGAAACCACAUAUUCUAUCCUCAGUUUAUUCUCAUAUCCCGAUCUCUCUCUUUUUUCUUUCUAAUUCAAUAGAUCUUUCUGUAGUAGAAACUAAAUUUUGCCUUCAAACUAAAUUGUAUAAAUACACGUUUUAUACCUCGUCAACCCCCCCACACCCCUCAGCCAAAGUGUAGGAGUAUCUUGUGAAGUGAUUGACGUGUGUAGAAAGCUUAGGAAGUGCCCAAGAAGGAAAAUCUGCCAUAAAUUGAAUUGUGCUUCCCCUCCCCCCCUCUCCCCCCAAUUGUCUGUUACUACCUGGAAAUAUUUCCUCUUCUUGUUUUUCUAGAAAGGUGCAAAGUGCUGAGACAGUCACUCAUUUCUACUCACUCCUCACGCCAGCCCCCCUGUCAGGCUCCAUUGACCUGGAGGCUCUGUGGUAAUUGGUAUCAGUCCGUCUGAUUCGGACCCAUUUCAACUCCCUGACGUGAAAACCUUAGUAUAGAAAUCACGUGCCUAUAAAGCAGCGGACUUCCAUAACAUGCAUCAGCAGCUCCUGUGGCUCUUGACCAAUCAUAUUCCUCAGAUGGACUCUGGCUCUGUCUGUUUCCAUAUUUCAAUCGGUCCUCCAUCACUGCUUUCUAUAUUGAAUUUACCAGGCAGGUUGAAGUUUACAUCCCAAUGCACUGAGACUUAGAUUUAAGCUCUCAAAACACGAGGACUGUCUUCCUACUACUGAGUUUUUCCUCUUUUCAUUUUUAUUAUUUUGUUGAAAAUCUGCUAUAGUCAGUUUGCUAAAGGCUUGUAAAUCCUCGCCGCUCCUCUUUCAAUACCCUUGUGGCUAAAGUUUAUGUUAAAGCUAAAAUCGAGUUGGGGUUAUAGCUUUCUCCCGAAUUCACCUGGCCGCCUGCUUUAAAGAGAACGUGUUCGUAAUAUCUUCUACACCGAGUCGGAAAGCGUUUUUAUAAGAAAUUCUCGGUGCACCUUGUUGGAUUUGGGGUCCAGUGGUGCUUCGUUGGCUGUUCUGGUUAAAAUAAAGCACCUGAAAACAUGUUUCCUUACUUUUUAUUCUUUAUAAAGUUGAAGGUAACACAACUCUACAAAAACUCUAGAUUUGAUUUACAGCAGCAUUUUCAUGGCCACAAGUAAAUACUUCACAUUGCCUUUAUUUUCCUUUACAGCCCGAACAAACCAUUUACCCGAAUGUUGAAUUAUUUCUCUAACGACGUAUGUUCAGUACCCACGUUUAUUAUUUUCUCUUCAUUUGUUCUGUCGGGUUUAUUCAAAACGUUCAUACAUUAUACAAAACGCACAAAGCUCCAUGGAUGUUUGAGUUUAGGACGGGGGUGAAAUAUUAAAGGAGGAUUUCUUUUCAAGGGAACAAUACGAAUACGAUGAUGAAUGAGCGUAAAGAUUCAUCCUUGACCUCAGGAACAGUAGCUGCAUGGAGUAAUUUCCCCUCGAGGACCGAGUACUUCCCACUAUCAAGUCCACCUUGAGUUACAAGAAUUGCAAUGAAUGUUCUGAGCUGUUUAUCCUGUUGAGUAAAAGGUAAUAGCUAAUGCAGGGGUGGGGAACCUUUUCCCUAUCGAGGACCGUUUAGUGUUUCUAAAUCAUCCUCUUCAAGCCACUUCCAUGUCUGCUUGAGUGUUUUUUUUGUUAUGUCUCUUGCCGUGACCUUGUGGUGGUGUUGCACAAGGUUGUGUCAUAGUUCUUCCAGAAAGAGACACAAGUGCUCGCAGCUUCACAAAACGAGGCUCGCCAAUUGAGCUGCUCGUUGGGCCCCCGAACUUUACCUUAUCCGAUCGCAUUUGUCCUUGCAACUCUUGAAGUUUAGCUGUACAACCACCCAUGAUUGGCCUUUUCCCUCUUACUACCCCCCGCCCCCCUUCUUUUGGAAAGUACGACGUCUUUUCUACUUUUCUUUUCUUGACGUUGUAGUCUGCUACUCGUGUUUUUUUCUUCUAUCUCAAAAAGAAAAAAGAUUAAUUGCUGCUGUGACUUAUUCAUGAAAUGGCUCGCAGGCUAAAUACAAACCACUUAGGCAGGAGUCUCCCCAGCCCUGCUCCAGGACUUAGCCCCGGUUGAACCUUUUUUUUUGCAAAGCUGAGAAACACGAUGGCUUCAGGUUGAGUUUCUCGUUGUGGCUCAUUCCAUUGUGCUUCUGCAGCUCGGUAAAUCUCGUAACUUGAUCGACUUAGGCGCCUCCACCUGAGCACACCUGUUAUAUUUACCAUACAGAGAGUUAUCUGUGUCUUUACUGUGAAUCUGCACUAAAGGAAAACCACGCCCUCGUCUUGCCUUUCUGGUCUUUGUAGUCGCCUGCCAUUCUCUGCCAAACGUGGGUUUGAAUCGAGAGUGUCACACUUUAAUACAGGUUUGGAAGAUUGAAAUAAAGAUUGUCCUCUUUUGUU